UGUCUGUUUUUUACUCUGUAAAAACUCCUACAAACUCCUACUUGUUCGUAAUCAUCCGUAUUUUUCAGGAAUUUCAAUAAAAAAAAUCCAUUUUAAGUUGUGGCGAUUAUAAAAGUAAUUCGUGAAUGCUUAAAAAAGCUAUGCCCAUAUUUCUGUUAAAGUUUCUUCGUGUCAAAUUUAGGUUUUACAUUUAAUGAUUCAGAAGAUAGAAUAUGAAUUUGUUAAGUCAAAUAUUUCACUUUUUGUUUGUGAUUGUGCAUUAACUCUAAAAUGUUUCGUUAGCUUGAAUGUGGUAUGGCCCUUGUAACAAUUCGACGAUCACCGAGUGUGCAGACACCUAGAAAAACGGAUGAGAUUGAAAAGUCGAAUGAAAACAUUGAAGACGAUGCAGGAAAUCGUGUCAGCAAGAGCCUCAAUGAGUGCUACUUCGCGAACAAAGGAGCGGCGUUGGUGCUGGGCGGCGCCGAGCGGGGCUGUGCCGACCAGCGCACGUCGCCCGCGCGCGCUCACCCCCAGCCCGAUAUACAGCACCACCUACAAUCCAUGUUUUAUCUUUUGCGACCUGAAGAGACGCUCAAAAUGGCGGUGAAACUGGAGAGCGCUCACGCGGGUCGCACGCGCUACCUGGUGGUGGUGUGCCGCGACGACGAGGCCGCGCUACUCGGCAUCGACUGCAACGAACGCACCACCGUCGGCCUCGUGCUGCGGGUCCUCGCCGACACGUCGAUCAAGCUUGACGGCGAUGGAGGGUUCAGCGUGCGUGUGUGCAACCAACAACACAUAUUCAAGCCGGUGUCGGUGCAGGCCAUGUGGUCGGCGCUACAGACCCUGCAUCGCGCGAGCGGGCGCGCCAGGGAGCUGAACCACUUCGCGGGCGGCACGUCGCACGCCUGGUGCGCCUACUACGAGGGCCACGUGGACUCCGACCGCUCCUGCCUCAACGAGUGGCACGCCAUGGACUGCAUCGAGUCCCGCCGCCCGCCCUCGCCCGACUCGCUGAGACUCAAGCCACGAGAGAGAGACGAGACGGAGCGCGUGAUCCGCUGCACGCUGAAGGAGAUCAUGAUGAGCGUGGACCUGGACGAGGUGACCAGCAAGGCCAUCCGCGGCCGCCUCGAGGACGAGCUCGACAUGGACCUGGCCGAGUACAAGUCCUUCAUCGACCAGGAGAUGCUCACCAUCCUCGGCCAGAUGGACGCGCCCACCGAGGUCUUCGACCACGUCUACCUCGGCUCCGAGUGGAACGCCAGCAACCUCGAGGAGCUGCAACGCAAUGGGGUGAGACAUAUUUUAAAUGUGACGAGAGAAAUUGACAAUUUUUUCCCUGGCAUGUUCGACUAUUUAAAUAUUAGAGUGUACGACGACGAGAAGACUGAUCUACUGAAACACUGGGACAACACGUUCAAGUACAUCAACAAAGCCAGGAACGAGGGCUCGAAAGUGCUCGUUCAUUGCAAAAUGGGCAUCAGCCGGUCCGCUUCCGUGGUGAUCGCCUACGCCAUGAAGGCGUUCAACUGGAACUUCGACAGAGCCCUGAAGCACGUGAAGGCGAAAAGGAACUGCAUCAAACCGAACGCCAACUUCCUCAGCCAGCUCGAGACGUACCAGGGCAUCCUCGACGCGAUGAAGAACAAGGAGAAGCUGCAGCGGUCCAAGUCCGAGACCAACCUGAAGUCGCCCAAGGCGUCGGCCAAGGCCGAGCACAAGGCGUCCGAGCCCACGCCGCUCGUGCUGGCGCUCACCGGCUCCUACUGCGGCCGGCCGCGCUCCUGGGCGCCCGACACGCGCCUCGCCGCCCAGCUGCGCGCGCCCACCUCCGUCUCGCUCGAGAACCUCUCGCUGGCCUCCGAGACGCGCCACAUGCUCAUGCCCUGCGCGCACGGCUCCUACAGCGUCUCGCCCAACCAGAUCAUCCGCCUCAAGGAGGACGGCGCGCCCUGCGUGCGCCACAUCGUCAGCGAGAUCGAGAACGCCGCCUCCGAGCGCCGCGACUUCCGCCGCCACCAGCGCCUCAACUUCGACGCGCCCGCCGCCGACGCGAAGCUCUCGCCGGCGAGAACCUCCGCCCUCAAGUGCGCGCCCUCCGAGGCCGACCGCAUACACACGUGGGACCCCGGGGAGGCGCCCUGGCCGCGAGGCGAGGACGGCAGGAACGCCCCCGACAGUGACAAUAUAGUGAAAAGUGACAGUGGAAUCGUGGACGUGAAAACGAAACCGAGUGACGCUUUUUCGAACUCGUUCGAGCGCAACCUCGACGGCUCGCCGGCGCGCGGCGACGACGACGCGCCCCCGCCCAGCCGCCAGAGCUCCUGGAGCUCCAGCGACAGCGCCGUGGUGGCCGACCUGCGCCCGCGCGCCGACAUCUCCGACAACGAGCGCAAAUUCAACGAGACGUGUGCCAUACUGCAGGAGCUCGCGAGCGCCGCGGCGCGCAUGGAGCGCUCGCGCGCGCGCGGCGCCUCCACGUGGAGCGGCCGGCUGUCGGCGUCCGCGCCCGCCGACACGUGGCUGCGCGCCGCCNGCAAGGCCCCGCGCGAGGCGGCGGGCGACCUGUCGGUGCGGCUGCUGGUGGACCAGUACGAGCCGACGGGCGGCGCGCGGCGGUCGCGGCCGGAGACGCGCGCGCGCGUGCGCAACUCGUUCUGCGGCGCGGUGCGGGGCGCGGGCGGGGAGCGGCCGCCGCCGGCGCCCACCGUGGUGUCGCUGGCGCCGCUCGACUACUCCGAUGUGGUGGUCUCAACUGUGAUGUCGAAAGCUCAAAACAAAAAACAAUUGCAACACGGAAAGACCCAUCCGUUGACGAGGCUCAACUUGAAUCGGUCGAGUAAUAGAUGUUCAAAUCCUGUGUAUAAUACUAUGUAGAAGUAUUUAUGUUUUUUUAUUUAUUAUGAAUUCUUGCCAAACUCGAUAUUUUAUCUUUCUAGAGUUUUAUAACUAUUUACAAAUGAAAUCACAGUGUAUUUGUCUAUCACGUAAAUUGUAUUAAACGGCUGUUUGUGCGUAGCGAAAUGUUAAAGAGAGAAUAAAUUCAAAAUAGAACUGAUGUACAACUUUUAAGUUUUGAGUUUCUGUACAUACACCUUAUCCCGUAAGAGUAUCGGUUUUAAAACCAU